CCGCAGGCAUGCAUUGAGAACCCGAUAGGAUCAGCACCACUUGGUUGUGGUUCUGGGAGACUAUAGUGAUUGUUGAGUCGAACGGUAUAUCCGGGAAGUAACAGCCACACUUCACAAAAUGGCGACAGACUACUUCUCGGACAACGACGCUUACUUUACAAAUCAACCCCUACCACCGCCUUCCGAUACCCCGUAUUCUUCGCUAUCUCGAAGAACUUCCCGCUAUGGAACUCCCUUGGGCGAGAGCGCAGGCUCACCGGUGCCGCUGCCACCGGAUGGCCAGAAUAACAGGGAGAACGGGACCAACGAUGAGGAUGUGUCUAUCCUUGAUCCAAGACGAUUCACGCCAACCUUGCACGCAUCGCUAGUGUCUGAGAUCCUCAACCUCAGACGUGAACUAGAUUCGAAGCACAAGUUCAUCGAGGACUUGGAAACAAGCCUCCACACAGUGCGAAACGAGAACGAUGCGCUCACGGAUCAGCUAUCUACAAGUACAAAAGAGAGCCGGACGGUGAAACGCCAGCUGCAGCAACUUGAGAAUGGCACGCUCUCGGCGCUUGAAGAAAUCGCUGGCGAGAGAGAUAAGAUGAAGGAAGCGAACGCUGAUCUUCGCGAGAGGCUUGAGACAACGCAAAAGAAGCUACGAAGCCAGGAAGAUGACUCGACCCGUGUUCACGACAUGUGGGCGCGCGAAAAGGAGAUCUGGGCUGGCGAGAAGCGCUCCCUCGAACGACGUGUACAUAUCUCGGAGAGUCGACUAAAGGUGCUGCUAGACGAGAUUGCCAUACAAGAGGCGGCACAAGAAGAAGCCGAUCUCGAGAGCGAGAGCGAAGACUUUCACCGGGACAGUGGAGUGGGACCAGAAAGUGAUGCGGGCAGCGUACGCUCAUCACCGCAACGGAGGCCCUCCACGCGAAUCGCCCGACACUCCAGGAACCUCAGUAACAGCAGCUACCGAAGCAUCGGUCGCAACUACCGAAUGUCACUAAUGAGCGGGACUGGCUCUGAAGGACACGGCCGUGCCAAUGGGGUCUGCCUAGCUGACGAGUUGGUGUUUGAUGAGGAAGAGGAGGACUUGGGUGAGCUAGAGCUUGAUUCUGACGACUUCCCGGAGAACGAGAUGAGGGCGAGAAGAGCACUCGAAUCGCGGCAAUCGAUGUGUCAAGACGAAAAGGCAAAACGUAUCCUAGGGCUCAGUAUCGAAAGCCAACAGGGCAACAGGGAUAGCCUGCCUGCGGUAAUGGAAAAUGAGCCACCGAAUCCAGUCUACGAAUCGGCGAAGUCCUCGAUGAGCAUCACUCCCCAAGAAAUCACGCUGGUCUUCCCUCCUCCAAAGCCGCAACCCGUCGAGGUCAAACCACACUAUGUCGACACCGGUGUGCAACCGUCUCCGCCACCAUCUCCUGUACGACCCCAGACAUCAGAGUCGUCUACAGCACUGAAACCUACUGAGAUAACAUCGGCGAGCCCAGAAGUCGAAGCGAACCAGCGCCGGAAGCGGGUAUCUGCACCUGCCGGUGUCUCCACUCAAUAUUUGCCGGGUACUGCCGUUCCUCCCUUGAUGACCUCGACGUCGUCGCAGACUGUUGAGCAACCAUUGAGUCCUCCUGCAACUCCCAAAAUCGUAAUUCCCACUUCGCAGACACCGAUAUCUCCAAUUUUCAAAGCCGAAGUUGCGUCCGUAUCGACCCAGACGGAACAACUCGAAGAGCCGGAGGCAAAGCCGGUCGAACCAAAACGUGCGCCUCCUCCAGUACCGAUUUCUAUUCCGUCGAUUGCCAUCCACGCUCCAACCUCGGCCCCUCCUUCGCCCAAGGAACCGAUCCUGCCGCCAGGGACGAAGAGCAUCUCAACACAGACAACCGGCGACAUGAGCUCGUCAGUGCGCUCAACAGGCAUGCAAACCGAGCCGAUUAGGAUAGACAAGCGGCCCGUCAAGCUACCUCCUCAUCUUCUGCCGUCCGCUAUUAGUUCUAAGCCUAGCACACCUGAACCAGGGCAAGAGAGGCCAGCGCCCAGCGGAUUUAAUAGGAAGGAUUCCCAUCAGGCUGUGUCUAGUGCACCGGAGAAGACAACCGCAGUACCAUCUGCCCGUCAAGAUCUCAUGGCAUUGCUUGAGAAAACCACCGACAGGAAGGUUGAAGACCGUUAUCCUGGCAACAAUGAUAACGGUCCCCUCGGACGCGAUAAAGAAAGCAGCCUAAGCAGGCCGUUCAGAACAAGCAGCCUGUUUGCUGGUUUCGACGGACCUUCGUCCGAUGAGGAAGACCACGAUGCGGAGCUUAGUGACGAAGAGGAGUACAGGGCUCCCCAGUACUCGACGCCGAUGCUUUCUUCGCGGAAUCUCAAGAACGGACGAGUGUUCAACAACCCCCCAACUCCGGUCCCAGAGGACAAAGAAGUCGUAUCAACCUCUCGGCCUUCUGAAGACUCAGUGAACUCUGGGCGGAUGCUCUCAAACCGUAACUCCCUCGAGAAACCUGCCAAGGUCGGAAAGCCAUUACGAAACUCUCUCAGUCGCCAGCCCAGCAUUCGGAGGUCUGCCAUGAUCCAGAACGGAACAGCCGCGCAUAUGCGUUCUCGAAGCCCCAGUUUCGGAAGCCACGGCUCGAGCACAUAUAUGGCGAAGCCUCCUUUCCCCGUACCCACGCGCUCAAGCUCUCGCAAGAUUCCGCUCAGCAAGAGCGAGGGUUCGCAGAGUCCAACGCCGCGCAACAGCGGUGGCUUUGGAGGCCGACGCCCAUAUGGCACAAGACAGCAUCAGCGCAAGGACAGUCUGCGAAAGGUGCGAUCGGCCGCAGUCAUUCAGAAGACUGGUCGCUCUCGGAGCCGAUCUCCUCCACUCCCCGCUACUCCUGUUAUGCCUGAAAGUCCUGCAGUCCCACCCCUGCCGAAUGAUCUUGUCACUGGCCAAGGAUUCGGACACCGACACCAGCUGUCAACUAACACCACACACACGGGCAGCGGCUCCAUCGGCAGCGUCGGGUACCAGACCAGUGUCGUGGAUGCUAUUGCAGCUACGAUGGUGGGUGAAUGGAUGUGGAAGUAUGUGCGGAAGAGGAAGACAUUCGGCGCAGCAGAGUCGCCUGCAGACAUUGCUCGCGCGGAAGAGAAUGCCGUAUUGACAAGCAACGGUGUGCGACACAAACGUUGGGUUUGGAUCUCCCCGUAUGAGCGCUCAGUGCUAUGGAGCAGCAAACAACCAACAUCCGGGUCAGCGCUUCUGGGCAAGAGCGGUCGCAAGCUCACGAUCCAAUCUGUCCUAGAUGUCGCCGAUAACACACCUAUUCCCAGGAAUGCCGGGACACAAGCCCUGUUCAACCGAUCCAUCUUGAUUUUAACGCCGGCACGAGCACUCAAGUUCACCACCGCGUCGCGGGAACGCCACUACCUCUGGCUCACAGCGUUGUCUUUCUUAGCUCACUCAAGCUCUCCUAUUCCGGAUCUUGGGCCCAUGCCACCUGCACCUCCGCCUACCGAGGAGUUACCUCAGCGCUCCACAGGAGCGACGCUGCGCCGCUCCCACGUUCGCGAUUCGGUCCGCCUCGCCAAGGGGAAAGCAAAUACUGUGGCACAGCGAUUCCCGAGCCAAGCCGAGCCGAUGCCAGACUUUCAUAUGGGAUCCCGCGUCGAGAGGCCUCUUCCCGAUUCAGCAGACCCGCCCACCAUUCCACGCGGUCCAGUUCAUGGCCGGAAGCGAAGCUCAACCGGACCUAGCGCUCCUCCGCCAAACGUUCCUUAUCGAAGCUUCUCGCAUCAGCACGUCCCGUCUCUCUACUCCACCACCGAAUCGGACAUGUACAGCAGCAGGCAGCCCCCUUCCGUGCCGUCAUCAGUAUACAACCCACACAGCGCCAUCCAAAGCUCCAGGACAUCAGAAGCCAGCACGUCUACUCGCCAACAUUUCUUCGAUACCAUGGGUACCGUCCGAAUGGAAGCAUUCAUCGACGACUCUCUAGGCAAAGACCCCACGCACCGUGCCGGCUCCGCAGCCAACCUUCGCAUGGGCAGGCGCCGCGGCAACAGCCAAUGGAGCGGUAGCACCAACGACCAUCGUCGCUCGGGUGGCGUCUACGAAGACUUCAUGAUGACCGAUCCCUUCCGUGGCUUCUAGAUGACCUGUACGGAUGCGCCUAUCGCGUACGAUGCAUGAGCAUGUGUUAUGGCUGUCGCUUCAUUCAGGCUUCGCGCCGUGUUUCAGAAUGUCGCUGCUCUGUCUUUCCCUCUCCGAUCUCCUUUGUCUGGCAAAAAGUCACGGUAUGGAUAUGCCGGCCACGUUUAGAUGUGUACAUGUGGCAUUGGCCAAGUGGCCGUCCCUUCAUUUUGGAUCUCCUAGUCCUUUACUUCUCUUCUCUUCUCCUCUUCUUUCUCUCCUUUACUUCUAAUAGG